GUCAAGUUUCAACAAACACAAGCUGAGAUGGGUAGACUUGCACCAUUAUCAGAAGAACCCAUCAACGAAGAAGAUGAAGGAAACAACAACAAUAAGAAAGGUCUUCGUUCAUGGAAAAACUGGAACUGGAUCAAGACCCAUUUUUCCCUUGUCUUCAACAAGAAGUCCAACCUCAAGAUCCUCCUUAGUGUUCUUGGUUGCCCUCUUUUCCCUGUCCCUGUCCAACCCGAACUACCCUUCAAUGAGGUGUCAUCUUCGGCACAGUAUAUAAUACAACACUUCAGGGCAGCGACAGGGUGCAGGAAGUUGGAGGGGACGGUGAAAAAUGUGUUCACUACUGGGAAAGUUACUAUGGAUGUGGUGGAUGAGCUUGGAUCCAGUGGUGCUGGUGGUGUUAAUAUGGAGAAAGGGUGCUUUGUGAUGUGGCAAAUGGUUCCAGAUAAGUGGCAGAUAGAGCUGGUUUUGAGUGGCCAGAAGGUUGUGGCUGGUAGCAAUGGUGCCAUUGCUUGGCGCCACACACCUUGGCUCGGAGUGCAUGCCGCCAAAGGCGGCGUGCGCCCUCUUCGCCGUGCUCUUCAGGGACUAGACCCUUUGGCAGUGUCAGCUGUAUUCUGUACAGCACAAUACAUGGGGGAGAAACAAAUCUCAGGUAUGGAUUGCUUUGUGCUGAAACUCUCAGCUGAUCAAAGGGACCUCGUGGAACGCAGUGACAACACAGCUGAGAUGAUCAAGCAUGCUAUAUUUGGUUACUUCAGCCAAAGAAGUGGUCUUUUGGUGUACCUAGAGGACUCUUACUUGACCAGGAUUCAAGCACCAGGUUCUCACCCCACAUACUGGGAAACUACAAUGUCAACAAAAAUUGAGGACUACAGAGCUGUAGAUGGUGUGAUGAUUGCACAUACUGGCUCAUCAACCGCGUUGAUCACAAGGUUUGGAGACAACCUCAAGGCUGGUCCAUCCACCACAAGGUUGGAAGAAUCAUGGACCAUUGAUGAUGUUGCAUUCAAUGUGCCAGGCUUGUCCAUGGACUGUUUCAUACCACCUCAGGAACUGCAGAGAGAUUGUUGUCCAGAUGAUGAUCUAGAUUGGAGAUCAUCACCCUGGCAUAGAUGA